AUGACUUCGUCGCCGGGAGAAGGGUCGCGGGGGGUGGGGUGGGCGUGGGGGUGGGGGGUGGUGGGGUGGGGGGGUGUGGGGGGGGGGUGUGGUGGGGGGGGGGUGGGGGUGGGUGGGUGGGGGGGUGGGGGGGGGGGGGGGGGGGGGGGGGGGGGGGGGGGUGGGGGUGGGGUCGGGGGGGGGGGGUGGGGGGGGGGGUGGGGGGGGGGGGGGGGGGGGGGUGGGGGGGGGGGGGGGGGGGGGGUGGGGGCUUGGGGGGGGGGGGGGGGGGGUUGUGGGUAUGGAAGGGAGCUGAAUUUGAUUUUGGGGUGGUUGGGGGUUUAA